AUGACCUGGACAGUAGCUCAGCAGUACUGCAGAGAGGAGUUCACUGACCUGGCCACCAUAGACGACGACGCAGAGUUGGGGACGAUCAACGGUGAGCUUCAGAAAGCAGGUGUUGGUGACGUCUGGAUUGGGCUGAGGCAUGGGAGUGAGUACAGAAACUGGGAUACACAGGCAGAAGAGCCACACGAGCCAGAUAAGACAAGAAAGCAGUGUGUGUCAUUUAGGAAGGAAAAUGGAAAGUGGCACGACGACUACUGCACUAAAGAAUAUGGCUCCAUCUGCUACAAUGACGGGAAGAACUGGACUGAAGCUCAGAGAUACUGCAGAGAGAAACACACAGACCUGGCCACCAUCAGGAACCAAACAGAGAACGACAAGAUCAAAGACCUGAUAGAAAACACGGCCACUGGUAAUGUGGGGUUCUUCUGGUUUGGGUUCAGAGAUGGCUGGGAGUGGUCAGAUGGCAGCAGCUCCUUCUUCCGACACUGGGCCCCUAAUGAACCCAACGUAGAUUCCAAUCAGCAGCCCCCGGUCUGUGUGGAAAUCUGGUCUUCUGGUCGUUGGAAUGAUCAUAACUGUGAGGAACGUAGACACUUUGUCUGCUAUGAAGUGGUGGUGGUUUCUCAGAGUCCCUUUUACUCUGGAGAUGCAGUCGCCCUCAGAUGUGACAUACCCAAGUAUACAGGCCAGCACCAAUAUGGCUGGCGAAGGGAUGGCAGCCCACUUCGUGGUAAGACCAACCAGACCAUCACCAUCACCCUCCCAGAAGAUGUGGGUCAGUACCAGUGCCACAGGCAGGGAGAAGAUUCUUCAGUGGCACCCUACAUCAGCACACCUGUUGCUGUCGAAAACCAGGACAAGCUGGUCCUGGUUAAUCAGAAUAAGACCUGGAAGGAGGCUCUGGAGUACUGCAGACAGCACCAUGAGGACCUGGUGUCUGUGACCUCUGAGAAGAUCCAGCGCUGGGUGGAGGGGUGGGCCAAAGGAGCCUCGACUCCCCACGUGUGGGUGGGCCUGCGCUACUCCUGCAACUUGGGCUUCUGGUUCUGGUUCCAUGUGGUGAAACAGCUGAAGAACUGGACAGAAGCUCAGCAGUACUGCAGAGAGGAGUUCACUGACCUGGCCACCAUAGACAAUAUGGCAGACAUAGAUGAGAUCAAGAGAAAGAUGAAUGAUACAGGUGUUGGAGAUUUGGCCUGGAUUGGGCUGACACAGGGCAGGUGGCAGUGGUCUCUGGCUGACGAGGGAUUCUAUGGAGAGAAUGAGGCUGAGUUCCGGAACUGGGCUGGAGGCCAGCCAACAUCAGGAAAUGAAGAUGAGAGGGAUGGCGAGGAUUGUGUCUACAUUGAUAAGAAUGGUCAAUGGCACAAUGACCCAUGCAAAAGAACAUAUCCCUUCCUCUGCUAUGAUGCCGAUGAGACAGACUCCACACACUACUUUGUGCUUGUUAAAGAAGCCAAGAACUGGACAGAAGCUCAGGGACACUGCAGAGAGCAGCACACAGACCUGGCCAGCGUGAAGAACCAGAGAGAGAACGAUCUGAUCACCAAAAUCGAAGGAUUUCCAAAUCCUGGAGAGGUCUGGAUCGGCCUCUUCAGAGAUGCCUGGGAGUGGUCAGAUGGCAGCAACUCCUCCUUUCGCCACUGGGAACAUGGAGAGCCCAACUAUGGCGACGACAAUCCAAAAGAGUUCUGUGUUAAAAUUAAAUCUCGCUCCGGUCAGUGGAAUGAUCAUAGCUGUGACACAUCACAUGCCUUUAUCUGCUAUGAGGACAAGCUGGUUCUGGUUAAUGAGAGUAUGACCUGGAUGAAUGCUCUGCAGUACUGCAGAGAGCACCAUGUGGACCUGGUGUCUGUGUCCUCUGAGAAGAUCCAGCGCUGGGUGGAGGGGUGGGCCAAAGGAGCCUCAACUACUUACGUGUGGCUUGGCCUGCGCCAUUCCUGCACUUUUGGCUUCUGGUUCUGGGUGAGUGGAGACACAAUCUGCUACGACAACUUUGCCUCAGAUGGGGACAGAAUGCCAGGAUGUGACAAAACUGUGGCAGCAGUCGACAAAGAUGGUGGCCAGUGGUUCAGCCUAGAAGAGACUCAGGCACUCAAUUUCAUCUGCACCAAAGAUGAGUGGCCAAGCUCUACACAGCCCUAUGUGCUGGUUGAAGAGGAGAAGACCUGGGAAGAUGCUCAGAGAUUCUGCAGAGAGAAACACACAGACCUGGCCACCAUCAAGAACGAGGCUGAGAACGACAAGAUCAAAGACCUAAUUAAGGGGAAAGGAAAUGUCUUUCCCUGGAUCGGCCUGUUCAGACAUGCCUGGGAGUGGUCAGAUGGCAGCAGCUCCUCCUAUCGCCACUGGGAUUCUCAUCAACCCAGCUUCGACUCCAGUUCUCACGGUCUCUGUGUGGAAAUUCGGUCCUCUGGUCUGUGGAAUGAUAAAUCCUGUGAUAGUCAAAGAUACUUUGUCUGCUAUGAAGACAAGCUGGUGCUGGUGGAGGAGCAAAAGACCUGGAAGGAGGCUCUGGAGUACUGCAGACAGCACCAUGAGGACCUGGUGUCUGUGCCCUCUGAGAAGAUCCAGCGCUGGGUGGCGGGGUGGGCCAAAGAAGCUUCAACUCCCUACGUGUGGGUGGGCCUGCGCUACUCCUGCAACUUGGGCUUCUGGUUCUGGGUCAGUGGAGAGAUAAUCUGCGACUAUGACAACUGGGUCUCAAAUCAAGAGAGAGAUCGGGGCUGUACACACAAGGUGGGGGCAGUGAAUAGAGAGGGGGGCAAAUGGGGCAGCUUUGAAGAAACUCGGAAACUCAACUUCAUCUGCACCAAGGAAGAGCAGUGA